AUGCAGAAUUCUGAAAUGAAUAACAAAAGGAAGGAAGAGAUUUUUAAAUGUGAUAUUUGCAGUGUAGAAUUGCCUAGCAAAGUUUGUAUGAAGGAACAUGAAUCGGGUCAAAAGCAUAUGAAGCUUUUAAAUGCUAAAAAUGAAAGGAUGAGAGUGGAAUUAAAAUGUGGCAUUUUUGUAAAAGGUUAUCCUUACGAUAUAGGCCAGGAUGUAUUGUUGGAAUAUUUUUCGAAUUACGGUUCAAUCGUAUGGACGCAUUUUGGUCAUAAUUUUUUAUUGCUCGACUAUUCAGACCCUAAGGCCGCGCUGACCGUCAUUAAUAAGCAACACAGAAUUCAUGGACGAUUAUUGAUCGUUCAGUACAGGCAGCUGAGAAAUCAAAGAACAAAUUCAGAUGUAACUGCGUCACAGCCAAUGUCAAACCUUGAAGAAUUAAAAACGUCGCGAUUUCUGAACCACCAGGUUCAGAUACUCACUCAACAUUUGCAAGGCGGUAUGAUCAGCUGGACGCACCAUUCCAAAUACCAAACCAUUUGUAGGGAUAUCAGUUGCGCGCUGAAACCGAUUUUUCCGAAAUGCGCGACUUGGCCGUUCGGUUCGACACUCACCGGUUUGUUUUUUUGGAAUAGCGACGUUGAUAUUUAUAUAUCUGGAGUGAGGAGACCGAAUGACGAUGAUAUAGGGUAUUUGUAUAGGUUGCGAAGUAUAUUGGGCUCUUCACAGUAUUUCUCCAAUUUAAUAGUUAUAGCACAUGCCAAAAUACCAAUACUUAAAUGCAUUCAUACAUCGACGAACACGAAUUGUGAUAUCAAUAUAAGAAACGCGCUAGGCGUUUGUAACAGCAAAUUAAUUAGUUAUUACAUCGAAAUCGAUAAAAAAAUCAAAGAAAUGAUGUUGGUGAUCAAAUAUUGGGCCAAAAUACACAGAAUAACUGGACAGAAUCACCUGUUCACCAACUAUUCUUUGUGUCUUAUGAUAAUUUUUUACUUGCAAAGUAAUCCGUAUCAUUUACCGUCAAUAAAGUACCUGCAAGGAAACGUUCCUUCAUACGAACCCGUUCACGAAAGAUGGAACGGAGAUUUCGAAAGAAAGAAUGUUUACUGCCCCCACAUUCGAAACACUUCACUACUGGACUUACUCGACAAUUUCUUUUCGUAUUACGCGGAUUUUGAUUACGCUAAGUACGUGAUUUGUCCUUAUGUAGGACGACCAUUCGAAAGAAAAUUUUUCCAGCAUGCUGAAGACUUACCGACCAUUUUUUCUGGUUAUAAACAGUAUCUGAGUGUUGAGAAGAACAUACCGUUCAAGAUUGGAGCCGAUAUUUGCGUCCAGGAUCCUUUUGAACACUCCAGGAACACCACACCAAAUGUUUCUGAAAAUACGUUGAAUAUUUUCAUCAAAUUUUGUAGACACGCACAAAAAUUGUGCAAAGAGGGAGAGAGUGGUCUGCUACAUAAGAUGUUCACCGAAUCACCACCAAAUUGCGAUGUUACUCUAUUAGCGCAAGCUAAUUUCACCCAAUUUGGGGUGACGAUGGGCUGCAAUCUCAAAUACCUGAAAGAGAAAUUGAACGCGGAAAAAUCAUCGAUUACUAUCAAAGAUCUGUGGUAUGAAUCAGUCAAGAAUUUCACCUUAAUCGUCUUAAAAGACUUCCUAAGUCUGCAAGUGGACGAAAACGAAGCAAGCAGUAGCAAACAGAUCAAACUUGAGGGUCAAACUGACAUUCAUUCGUAUCUAAACCCAUUAAUAGCGUCUUAUAAAUGUUACGGGAGAUUAAACGUAUGGCAUUCUCGCAAAGUGGCCCUCAAAUCAACCGAUAAAGAUUUAAAAACGUUGAUUGAGAAGGAAACAGAAGUUACUAAGCAAUUGGUGGAAUUGUACAAAAACAUUCAAACCACCGCGAAUAUCGUAGAGUUUGAAAUAGUUUUAGAAAAAAGGUUAGAGCCGGCUCAGGUGGUUUUCAGUUUGACUAAAAUCGCGUCUUAUAAGAAAACGUUCAAGAAUUUCGGUGAAUUUUUGGCCAAGAAAUUUGGCAGUUGGUUUGAAUUGUACGAAAGAGAUUUAAACGCGAGUUGCUAG